GAGAAUGAUGAGAAUAUAAGCCAUUUGAGCCAGCAAGAAAGAAAGAUACUUAACUAAAGAUGAAGGGAAGUUUUGCCUCUUCCUGGAAGUUAUAUUAUUAGGGUUUUUUUUUCUUUUUUUUUUCUUUUUGAAUCAUGAUGACCGCUAGUUUUGUUUAAAGUAUUUGUUCUGGAAAUACUAAAGUUGGAGUCUACCAGACUGAGGUUAGAAGCAUUUUCUUUGGCAGCAAGAAGAUACUUUUAUGGAAGCCAUGCCUGUACUUGGGGUUGCCUCAAAACUGAGACAGCCAGCUGUUGGGUCAAAGCCUGUUCAUACUGCUCUUCUGAUACCAAAUCUUGGCACUACUGGGUCACAGCCCUAUUCUUCAGGACCUUUGGAACUUACUGAAACAGAGAGCUCAAUGCUUUCUUGUCAGCUCACAUUAAAAUCAACCUGUGAAUUUGGAGAGAAGAAACCCCUCCAAGAAAAAGCUAAAGAGACAGAAGACAGUAAGAUUUAUACUGACUGGGCCAACCACUACCUAGCAAAAUCGGGCCACAAGCGGCUGAUCAAGGAUUUGCAACAAGACAUUGCAGAUGGAGUCCUGCUAGCUGAAAUCAUCCAGAUCAUCGCAAAUGAAAAAGUUGAAGAUAUCAAUGGAUGUCCUAGGAGUCAAUCUCAGAUGAUUGAAAAUGUUGAUGUCUGCCUUAGUUUUCUAGCAGCCAGAGGAGUAAAUGUUCAAGGUCUAUCUGCUGAAGAAAUAAGAAAUGGAAACUUAAAAGCCAUUCUAGGGCUGUUUUUCAGUUUGUCUCGCUACAAGCAGCAACAACACCAUCAGCAACAGUAUUACCAGUCCCUGGUAGAACUUCCGCAGCGGGUCAGCCACGCCUCCCCUCAGGCAGAAGCCAGUCAGGCCAAAACCCAGCAAGAUAUGCAGUCCAGUCUGGCAGCCAGAUAUGCAACUCAGUCUAAUCACAGUGGAAUUGCAACCAGUCAAAAAAAGCCUACUAGGCUUCCAGGUCCCUCUAGGGUGCCAACUGCAGGCAGCAGCAGCAAAGUCCAGGGAGCCUCUAAUUUAAAUAGGAGAAGUCAGAGCUUUAACAGCAUUGACAAAAACAAGCCUCCAAAUUAUGCAAAUGGCAAUGAAAAAGAUUCCUCCAAAGGACCUCAGCCAUCUUCAGGUGUAAAUGGUAACACGCAGCCCCCUGGCACAGCGGGGCAGCCCCCCGCAUCUGCCAUCCCUUCUCCGAGCUCCAGCAAGCCCUGGCGCAGCAAGUCCAUGAAUGUCAAGCACAGUGCCACCUCUACCAUGCUGACCGUGAAGCAGUCCAGCCCAGCCACCUCCCCCACACCAUCAGCAGACAGACUGAAGCCCCCUGUAUCAGAAGGGGUCAAAACAGCCUCCUCGGGCCAGAAAUCCAUGCUUGAAAAAUUCAAGCUGGUCAAUGCCCGGACUGCUUUACGUCCCCCACAGCCUCCCAGUUCAGGGCCCAGUGAUGCGGGGAAGGAUGACGAUGCCUUUUCUGAAUCUGGUGAGACGGAAGGUUUUAACAGUGGUCUGAAUAGUGGUGGCUCAACCAAUAGCAGCCCCAAAGUGUCCCCUAAAUUAGCCCCUCCAAAAGCUGGAAGCAAACAUCUCAGCAAUAAAAAGUCUUUGCUACAGCCAAAGGAAAAAGAGGAAAAGAACAGGGACAAAAAUAAAGUUUGCACUGAAAAACCGGUCAAGGAUGAGAAGGAUCAGGUGACAGAGACAGCUCCAAAAAAGACCUCUAAAAUUGCAAGCUUGAUCCCAAAGGGUAGCAAGACGGCAGCAGCCAAGAAAGAAAGCUUAAUCCCUUCUUCCAGUGGCAUUCCAAAACCGGGCUCGAAGGUGCCCACAGCAAAGCAGACCGUUUCACCUGGCAGUGCAGUGAGCAAAGAGUCGGAAAAAUUCAGGACUACCAAGGGAAGCACUUCCCAGUCCUUACCCAAGCCCAUGACCACUGAGAAACCAAGCACAUCCAAUUGCCCUGCUCCUUUGGAAGGAAGGGAAGCCAGCCAAGCCCCUCCCACUGGUUCCUGCGCUGCACUGGUGGCACAAGGCGGUGGGCAGACCACGGGGAACGGUGCUGUCCAACUCCCUCAGCAGCAGCAACACAGCCAUCCCAACACUGCCACGGUGGCUCCGUUCAUUUACAGAUCGCAUUCAGAAAAUGAAGGUACCUCUUUACCAUCUGCUGACCCCUGUACCAGUCCUACUAAGAUGGAUUUAUCAUAUAAUAAAACUGCUAAGCAGUGCCUAGAGGAGAUAUCUGGUGAAGACCCUGAAACAAGAAGAAUGAGAACAGUUAAAAACAUAGCAGAUUUGAGGCAAAAUUUAGAGGAGACUAUGUCCAGUCUUCGUGGGACCCAGAUAAGCCACAGCACCCUGGAGACAACAUUUGACAGCACUGUGACAACAGAAGUGAAUGGAAGGACCAUACCCAACCUGACAAGCCGACCCACUCCCAUGACCUGGAGGUUGGGUCAGGCAUGUCCUCGACUUCAGGCUGGAGACGCUCCCUCCCUGGGGGCUGGCUACCCUCGCAGUGGUACCAGCCGAUUCAUCCACACAGACCCCUCGAGGUUCAUGUACACAACACCUCUCCGUCGAGCAGCUGUCUCUCGACUGGGAAACAUAUCCCAAAUUGACAUGAGUGAGAAAGCAAGCAGUGACCUGGACAUGUCUUCUGAAGUCGACGUUGGUGGAUAUAUGAGUGAUGGUGAUAUCCUUGGGAAAAGUCUCAGGGCUGAUGACAUCAAUAGUGGGUACAUGACAGAUGGAGGGCUCAACCUGUAUACUAGAAGUCUGAAUAGAAUACCAGACACAACUACUUCCAGAGAGGUCAUCCAGAGAGGAGUCCAUGACGUGACAGUGGAUGCGGACAGCUGGGAUGACAGCAGCUCUGUGAGCAGUGGUCUCAGUGACACCCUUGAUAACAUCAGCACGGACGACUUAAACACCACAUCCUCAGUCAGCUCUUACUCAAACAUCACAAUCCCCUCCAGGAAGAACACACAGCUGAAGACAGAUUCAGAAAAACGUUCUACGACAGAUGAGACAUGGGAUACUACUGAGGAGCUGAAAAAACCAGAGGAGGACUUAGACAGCCAUGGGGAUGGCGCUGGCAAGUGGAAAGGUGUUUCCUCAGGACUUCCUGAAGACCCGGAGAAGACAGGACAGAAAGCCUCCCUGUCCAUCUCCCAGACAGGUUCCUGGAGAAGGGGCAUGUCUGCCCAAGGAGGAGCGUCAUCUAGGCAGAAAGCUGGAACGAGUGCACUCAAGACCCCGGGGAAAACGGAUGAUGCCAAAGCUUCAGAGAAAGGCAAAACUCCCCUAAAAGGGUCCUCUCUACAGAGGUCUCCUUCAGAUGCAGGAAAAAGCAGUGGAGAUGAGGGGAAGAAGCCCCCAUCAGGCAUUGGAAGAUCAGCUGCUCCCAGCUCUUUUGGAUUUAAGAAACCAAGCGGAGUAGGGUCAUCUACUAUGAUCACAAGCAGUGGGGCAACAAUAACAAGCGGGUCAGCCACCCUGGGUAAAAUUCCCAAAUCUGCUGCCAUUGGUGGGAAGUCAAAUGCAGGGAGAAAAACCAGUCUCGAUGGUUCCCAGAAUCAGGAUGAUGGUGUGCUGCACGUGGGCUCCAAGACCUCCCUCCAGUACCGCAGUUUGCCUCGCCCUUCAAAAUCCAGCACCAGCGGUAUCCCCGGCCGAGGCGGCCACAGGUCCAGCACCAGCAGCAUCGAUUCCAACGUCAGCAGCAAGUCAGCUGGUGCCUCCACCUCGAAACUCAGAGAACCCACUAAGAUUGGGUCAGGGCGCUCGAGCCCCGUCACUGUCAACCAGACAGACAAGGAGAAGGAAAAAGUAGCAGUCUCAGAUUCAGAGAGUGUUUCUUUGUCAGGUUCCCCCAAAUCCAGCCCCACCUCUGCCAGUGCCUGUGGGACACAAGGGCUCAGGCAGCCAGGAUCCAAGUAUCCUGACAUUGCCUCACCUACGUUUCGAAGGUUGUUUGGUGCCAAGGCAGGUGGCAAAUCUGCCUCUGCACCUAAUACUGAGGGUGUGAAAUCCUCCUCAGUAAUGCCCAGUCCUAGUACCACAUUAGCGCGGCAAGGCAGUCUGGAGUCACCGUCGUCUGGUACGGGCAGCAUGGGCAGUGCUGGUGGGCUAAGUGGCAGCAGCAGCCCUCUCUUCAAUAAACCCUCAGACUUAACUACAGAUGUUAUAAGCUUAAGUCACUCGUUGGCUUCCAGCCCAGCAUCGGUCCACUCUUUCACCUCAGGUGGUCUCGUGUGGGCUGCCAAUCUGAGCAGUUCCUCUGCUGGCAGCAAGGACACUCCAAGUUACCAGUCCAUGACUAGCCUCCAUACGAGCUCUGAGUCUAUUGACCUCCCCCUCAGCCAUCAUGGCUCCCUGUCUGGACUGACCACAGGCACUCACGAGGUGCAGAGCCUGCUCAUGAGAACGGGUAGUGUGAGAUCUACUCUCUCAGAAAGCAUGCAGCUUGACAGAAAUACACUACCCAAAAAGGGACUAAGAUACACCCCAUCAUCUCGGCAGGCCAACCAAGAAGAGGGCAAAGAGUGGCUGCGCUCGCAUUCCACUGGAGGGCUGCAAGAUGCUGGCAACCAGUCCCCUCUGCUCUCCCCUUCCGCCAUGUCAUCUUCCGCCACAGGAAAAUACCACUUUUCCAACUUGGUGAGCCCAACCAAUCUGUCUCAAUUUAACCUUCCUGGGCCCAGCAUGAUGCGUUCAAAUAGCAUCCCAGCCCAAGACUCUUCCUUCGAUCUCUACGAUGACUCCCAGCUUUGUGGGAGUGCCACGUCUCUGGAAGAAAGGCCACGUGCCAUCAGUCAUUCAGGCUCAUUUCGAGACAGCAUGGAAGAAGUUCACGGUUCUUCAUUAUCACUGGUCUCCAGCACUUCUUCUCUUUACUCAACAGCUGAAGAAAAAGCUCAUUCAGAGCAAAUCCACAAACUGCGGCGAGAACUGGUUGCAUCACAAGAAAAAGUUGCUACCCUCACAUCUCAACUUUCAGCAAAUGCUCACCUCGUAGCAGCUUUUGAGAAGAGUUUAGGGAAUAUGACUGGCCGACUGCAGAGUCUAACCAUGACAGCAGAACAGAAGGAGUCUGAACUUAUAGAACUAAGAGAAACCAUUGAAAUGCUGAAGGCCCAGAACUCCGCUGCCCAGGCUGCUAUCCAGGGAGCACUGAAUGGUCCAGACCACCCUCCCAAAGAUCUCCGUAUCAGAAGACAACAUUCUUCUGAAAGUGUUUCUAGUAUCAACAGUGCCACAAGCCAUUCCAGCAUUGGUAGUGGUAAUGAUGCUGACUCCAAGAAAAAGAAGAAGAAAAACUGGGUGAACUCUAGAGGAAGUGAGCUGAGAAGCUCAUUCAAACAAGCCUUUGGGAAGAAAAAGUCCACCAAGCCUCCUUCCUCCCAUUCAGACAUCGAAGAGCUCACUGACUCAUCCCUCCCAGCGUCGCCGAAAGUGCCCCACCACGCGGGGGACUGCGGGUCCGCAUCCAUGAAGCCCUCACAGUCGGCUUCCGCGUCGCCCCUUGUCUGGCCACCAAAGAAACGGCAAAAUGGCCCUGUGAUCUACAAGCAUAGAUCCCGGAUCUGUGAGUGCACAGAGGCUGAGGCAGAGAUAAUUCUGCAGCUGAAGAGCGAGCUCAGAGAAAAGGAGUUAAAAUUAACAGAUAUUCGACUAGAGGCCCUCAGCUCUGCUCAUCACCUUGACCAGAUCCGGGAAGCCAUGAACCGGAUGCAGAAUGAAAUUGAAAUACUGAAGGCAGAAAAUGACCGAUUGAAGGCAGAAACUGGUAACACGGCCAAACCAGCUCGCCCACCAUCAGAGUCCUCAAGCACCACAUCGUCCUCAUCUUCACGGCAGUCGUUGGGCCUUUCCCUGAACAAUCUGAACAUUACAGAGUCUGUUACCUCAGAUAUUUUGCUAGAUGAUGCUGGCGAUGCAACUGGACACAAAGAUGGCCGCAGUGUGAAAAUUAUCGUCUCCAUAAGCAAGGGCUAUGGCCGAGCAAAGGAUCAGAAGUCUCAGGCAUAUUUGAUAGGAUCCAUUGGCGUUAGUGGAAAAACCAAGUGGGAUGUCUUAGAUGGUGUAAUUAGACGUCUCUUUAAGGAAUAUGUGUUCCGAAUUGAUACAUCCACUAGCCUUGGUCUGAGCUCUGACUGCAUUGCUAGCUACUGUAUAGGAGAUUUAAUUAGAUCUCACAGCCUAGAAGUGCCUGAACUGUUGCCUUGUGGAUACCUUGUUGGAGAUAAUAACAUCAUUACUGUGAACCUGAAAGGGGUAGAAGAAAACAGUUUGGACAGUUUUGUUUUUGAUACACUGAUUCCUAAACCAAUUACCCAGAGGUACUUUAACUUGUUGAUGGAGCAUCACAGAAUCAUACUCUCAGGACCCAGUGGUACUGGAAAGACCUAUUUAGCAAACAAACUUGCUGAAUAUGUAAUAACCAAAUCUGGGAGGAAAAAAACAGAGGAUGCAAUUGCCACUUUUAAUGUGGACCACAAGUCAAGUAAGGAGUUGCAACAGUAUCUUGCUAACCUGGCUGAACAGUGCAGUGCGGAUAAUAAUGGUGUAGAGCUCCCUGUUGUAAUAAUUCUUGAUAAUCUUCAUCAUGUGGGCUCUUUGAGUGAUAUCUUCAAUGGUUUUCUCAACUGUAAAUACAACAAAUGUCCAUAUAUUAUUGGAACAAUGAAUCAGGGAGUUUCUUCAUCACCAAAUCUAGAGCUGCAUCACAAUUUCAGGUGGGUGCUAUGUGCAAACCACACAGAACCAGUGAAAGGCUUUUUAGGUAGAUACCUUCGAAGGAAACUGAUAGAGAUAGAGAUUGAAAGGAAUAUACGCAAUAAUGACUUAGUCAAAAUUAUAGAUUGGAUUCCUAAGACAUGGCAUCAUCUCAACAGUUUUUUGGAAACACACAGUUCUUCUGAUGUUACCAUUGGCCCCCGACUUUUCCUUCCUUGCCCUAUGGAUGUAGAAGGUUCUAGAGUGUGGUUCAUGGAUCUCUGGAACUAUUCUUUGGUACCUUACAUUCUGGAGGCAGUGAGAGAAGGUCUUCAGAUGUAUGGGAAACGGGCACCUUGGGAAGACCCCUCAAAGUGGGUGCUUGAUACAUACCCAUGGAGCUCAGCAUCUCUGCCUCAGGAUGGUCCAGCAUUACUUCAGUUGAGACCAGAAGAUGUUGGGUAUGAGGGCUGCAUAUCCACUAAGGAAGCCACAACCUCAAAGCACAUUCCACAAAGUGACACAGAAGGGGAUCCUCUGAUGAAUAUGCUAAUGAAACUCCAAGAAGCAGCCAAUUACUCGGGCACACAAAGCUGUGACAGCGAUAGCACCAGCCACCAUGACGACAUUUUAGAUUCAUCUCUUGAAUCUACUCUCUAGGGGGUGAAAGAAGUUAGGGGAAGAGAGGAUGCUUUUGCUAAAGGUUUAACAAGGAAGGAAGGUAUUUUCACGAAACCACUGCCAGUAUGAAAGCACCCUGUCAAGGGCCCUGACCCAGAGUCGUGGUCUCCGAGGAGCAGAGCGAAGUCUGAACCGCCAAGAUGCUCGAUUGAAACGCAAGCUUAACUUUAUUUUAUUUCUAGGCAUUUUUUUAUAUCCGUGGAGUGGUGUCCGGCUCCAUUACUCGACUGGAAAGGACCCUAAGGACAGGGCAACUGAAUAGAUUGCACAUGGGGUAGCCAAACUGGACUUUCUGUUUUUUCCUCUUUAAAAGUUUACAAUGCAGCCCUUUCUUUGUCCCUUCCUUUCGUUUCCUCUGAGGGGGGCCCGUCCUCCCCGAGCGGGGCCCCUCCUUCUCCGUCCAGCCUCCCUCGUGCCACAUGGUGCUGGUUACAGGGCUCCAGCAGCGUUUGUGCUGUGCGCUCACCCCAGUCGGAAAGGAAGCCAAGAGGCCAGUCCUCCGUCAGCACAAGCGGAAUCGCGCCACCGCCCGGCAGACGCGAGCACGGCAAGCUGGAGACGUGCCAAUGUCAUUCUUAACUGCCACGUUCACACGAUGUGCUCCGCCAACUUUCUCGUGUAUGAGUCACAGGUUUUAUAAGGUUGUUUUUACCACAGGUUUUAUAAGGUUGUUUUAAACCACCUGCCCACUCCCUUAACAAGAGUUUUAUACCAAUUAUUAGUCAACACUGACAAAAGGCUUUCUUAGGGCUUUAUUCGUUGGAGCCUUUUCAGUGAAAGAAGGAACAUUUCCUAUGGUGCUGUCUCACUGCCUUAAAACAGAUUUCUAUGACAGUUUAAGAGUUGGUUUAAAUCCUAAACCAUUGGUAAUCUCCACUGUCUUUUCAUUUCUAACCAAGCAACACAAGUUAACACAGUAGCCUCACCUCUAGAUAUCUGUUUCAGUUUUUGGGGUUUGGGGGUCUUUUUUCUUUUUUUUU